AUGAGCACAAGGAUUGAUGACAAUGAUAAUAUUUCGUGGAUCACAUCUAAAUCUAAACUUGAUGAUAGUUCACGCGAAGGAACAUUAGUAAUAACGAUAUUUUCAUCAGUGAAAUGGUAA